UGAAAUCUCUCUGGGCCCAAUAAACGUAUCCAGAAAUUAAAAUAUCUACUAAAGUGGAGAGGAACUUUACAAGACAUUAUGGUUACAGUAACUGACAGCAAAAUAAAAGUGUUAAAUGGAAACUACCCUUGGGAACUGGAUGCAUUUGUAGCCAUUCUGCCACAUCUGUGAAUUGCAAUGAGUGGAGGAGGAGAACAGCCGGAUAUCCUCAGUGUUGGAAUCCUGGUCAAAGAACGAUGGAAAGUGUUGAGGAAGAUUGGGGGUGGGGGCUUUGGAGAAAUUUACGAUGCCUUGGACAUGCUCACCAGGGAAAAUGUUGCACUGAAAGUGGAAUCAGCUCAACAACCAAAGCAGGUUCUGAAAAUGGAGGUUGCUGUGUUAAAAAAACUACAAGGGAAAGACCACGUUUGUAAAUUUAUUGGCUGUGGGAGGAAUGAUCGAUUCAACUAUGUGGUCAUGCAGUUGCAGGGUCGAAAUUUGGCAGAUCUUCGCCGUAGCCAAUCCCGGGGCACAUUCACCAUUAGUACUACUCUUCGGUUGGGCAGACAGAUGUUGGAGUCUAUCGAGAGCAUCCAUUCUGUGGGGUUCUUACAUAGAGACAUUAAACCGUCAAACUUCGCUAUGGGUCGGUUUCCUAGUACCUGUAGGAAAUGUUACAUGCUUGAUUUUGGCUUGGCACGACAGUUUACCAAUUCCUGUGGUGACGUCAGACCACCUCGAGCUGUGGCAGGCUUUCGUGGAACAGUUCGUUAUGCAUCAGUCAAUGCUCAUCGGAACAGGGAAAUGGGAAGACAUGAUGACCUUUGGUCCUUAUUCUACAUGUUGGUGGAGUUUGUGGUUGGUCAGCUGCCUUGGCGAAAAAUUAAGGACAAGGAGCAAGUAGGUUCUAUUAAGGAAAGAUAUGACCAUAAGCUAAUGUUAAAACAUCUCCCUCCGGAAUUCAGCACCUUUCUGGACCACAUCUCCUCUUUGGAUUAUUUUACAAAACCAGACUACCAGCUUCUUACGUCUGUGUUUGACAAUAGCAUCAAGACCUUUGGAGUAAUUGAGAGUGACCCUUUUGACUGGGAGAAAACUGGGACUGAUGGCUCCUUAACAACAACUACUACUUCUACCACCCCUCAGUUACAUACCCGCUUGACCCCUGCAGCAAUUGGAAUUGCCAACGCUACUCCCAUUCCUGGAGAUUUGCUUCGAGAAAAUACAGAUGAGGUAUUUCCAGAUGAACAGCUUAGUGAUGGGGAGAAUGGCAUCCCUGUUGGUGUAGUACCAGAUAAAUUGCCUGGAUCCCUGGGACAUCCUCGUCCUCAGGAGAAGGAUGUCUGGGAAGAGAUGGAUGCCAACAGGAACAAAAUAAAGCUUGGAAUUUGUAAAGCUGCUACUGAAGAGGAAAAUAGCCAUGGCCAAGCAAACGGUAUUCUGAAUGCUCCAAGUCUUGGCUCACCAAUUCGAGUUCGCUCAGAGAUUACUCAGCCAGACAGAGAAGUUCCAUUGGUGCGAAAGUUACGCUCCAUUCAUAGCUUUGAACUGGAAAAACGUUUGACUCUAGAGCCAAAGCCAGAUACUGACAAGUUUCUUGAGACCUGCCUGGAGAAAAUGCAGAAAGAUCCAUGCGCAGGAAAGGAAUCUCUUCUCCCUGCGCUACAUCAUAAGCCGUGUGUUCCUGCUAGCUCCCGUACUGACCACGUCUGGCACUAUGAUGAAGAAUAUCUUCCAGAUGCUUCCAAGCCUGCUUCUGCAAAUACCCCUGAGCAGGCAGAUGGUGGUGGCAGCAAUGGAUUUAUAGCUGUUAAUCUAAGUUCCUGCAAGCAAGAAAUUGAUUCCAAAGAGUGGGUACUUGUGGACAAAGAGCAGGACCUUCGGGAUUUUAGGACAAAUGAGGCUUUAGGCCAUAAAACAAAUGGAAGCCCUUCUGAUGAGGAGCCCGAAGUGCUUCAGGUCCUGGAGGAGACACCGCAAGAUGAAAAGUUACGAUUGGGACCUUGGGCAGAAAAUGAUCAUUUAAAGAAGCAAACCCCAGGUGUAGUCUUAACACUCUCUGGGGAGUGCCCUGCUAUUGCUGCUUCAGAUCAGUAUACAGAUAGGCUAGAACUCCAGGCUGUAACUACCAGUCAGUUUAUUGCAGCAACACCCACAAGUCCAAUGGAGGCCCAAGCAGAAGGACCCCUUACAGCGAUUACAAUUCCUAGGCCUUCUGCAGCGUCCACACAGUCAACUUCUGGAAGUUUUCAUUAUGGUCAACUGCCAGAGAAGAAAGAUCUUCAGCCCCUGGAACCAAGUGUUGAACUUUACUCUCCAAGGGAGAACUUCUCUGGAAUGGUUGUGACAGAGGGUGAGCCUCCUAGUGCAGGGAGCAGGACAGACUUGGGACUUCAGAUAGAUCAUAUUGGUCAUGAUGUGUUGCCCAAUAUUAGAGAGAGUGACAAAUGCCAAGACCCUGGAUCAAAAGAUCUUCUGGCUAUGAGGGAAUUCGAGAAUCUCCCUGGGGAAGUUGAAGAGCUAGGGACAGAGAAUGAAGAUGAGAAAUUAAGUAAAGGACAGCAAUGUAUUGAGAUUACUUCUCUCCCAGGAGAUUUGGUAACUCUGGAAAGGGAUCACUCAGCUACUAGUGAACCUCUUGAUGUGACAAAAACACAAACUUUUAGUGUGGUGCCAAAUCAAGACAAAAAUGAGAUAAUGAAACUUUUAGCAGUUGGAACUUCAGAGAUUUCUCCACAACUCAUGGACCCUAAUGUUGAAGGACAGUUAGGUCAGGUUGCAGCAAUACAAAAAAACAAAAUUCCUAAGGAUGAUGAGAGUAAGAGUGAAGACUUACCAGAUUAUCAAGGCGAUCUCUCCACUUUUUUACACCAAGAGGGUAAGAGAGAGAAAAUUGCUCCUACAAAUGGAGAAUUGUUCCACUGCGUUUCUGAGAGUGAACAUUGUCCCCUAUCUAAGAAGGAUGUGGUUAGGUCAUCCUUUGCAACUAGACACAGUCGAAUUCCUGUUUUAGCACAAGAGAUAGAUUCAACUUUUGAAUCAUCCUCUCCAGUGUCUGCAAAAGAAAAGCUUCUCCAAAAGAAAGCUUAUCAGCCAGAUCUAGUAAAGCUUCUGGUGGAAAAAAGGCAACUCAAGUCUUUUCUUGGGGAUUUCUCAAGUGCCUCUGAUAAAUUGCUAGAGGAGAGACUAACCACUGUUCCUGCUUCCUUUUCUGAGGAGGACGUUUUCACUCCCUUUUCAAGACUGGCUACAGACUCACACCUGAGUAGGUCAGCUGAAGAUAGCUUUCUGUCACCCAUCCUCUCCCAGUCUAGGAAGAGCAAAAUUCCAAGGCCAGUUUCAUGGGUUAGCACAGAACAAGUUAAUAGCUCAGCUUCAUCUCAGUUCUUGCCUCGACCACCACCAGGAAAGCCGCCCACCAGACCUGGAGUAGAAGCCAGACUCCGCAGAUAUAAAGUCCUGGGAAGUAGCAAUUCUGACUCGGAUCUUUUUUCACGCCUGGCCCAAAUUCUUCAAAAUGGCGCGCAGAAACCCCGGAGUACACCUCAAUGCAAAAGUCCCGGAUCCCCUCACAAUCCCAAAACACCACCCAAGAGUCCAGUUGUCCCUCGCAGAAGUCCCAGUGCUUCUCCUCGAAGUUCUUCCUUGCCUCGUACAUCUAGUUCCUCACCAUCCAGGGCUGGACGGCCCCACCAUGACCAGAGGAGUUCAUCCCCACAUCUGGGGAGAAGCAAGUCGCCCCCCAGCCACUCGGGAUCUUCCUCUUCCAGGAGGUCCUGCCAACAGGAGCAUUGCAAACCCAACAAGAAUGGCCUGAAGGGAAAUGGCAGCCUCCACCACCACUCAGCUAGUACAAAAGCCCCCCCAGGGAAGAACAAGUCAGCCAGUAAACUCAGCAGAUAGGAGUUGGCUGCAUCUCUGUCAGUGGUGUAAGAUCUUCUCCUAAACCUGAUGCAUGUGUGUCCCUGUACUGUCUAUUUAAAAAAAUCAGUGUUGAUCUUCUCUUGCAAAAGAAGGUAACAUGAUAAAUUAUUUAUAAAAAGACAUAAAUAUAUGAUAAGGAAUUUCAUAAGUCGAACAGCAAGCAGAUCAGGAAUCAAAGCCUUUGCAUAGGAAGGAGCAGUCCAGCAAAUUCAAGUGGGGAACUCAUUAACUGAACUCUCAUUUUUAGCUGCCUUUGAAACAAGGGUUGAAGGUAGGAGGUGGAAUGGAAGUUUAAGAGGUUUUGUCCACUUUUUAAAGGUUCUUUCAAAGUUGCUACAGCAAAAGUAAAACAUGUUUCAAAAUUUCCCAGCCUUAUAGAAAGUAUGUUAAGUAUUAUAUUGACUCGUUUGUAUAUCUGGCAUCUCAAGAGUUCACACCUUUACUUAGCCUUAUUCCUGGUACUCUCCCCUACAUUUAACAUUUAUCAGUAUUUUCCAUCUAAUUUGGUUUCUUUUUUUGUAACAAUACACUUUUAAAGUGCUUUAGCAGCACAUGCUCAGAAUUUCAGAUCCAAGGCUUUUUAAUUGAGAGAGAAUUAAUACUUUUCUUUGGAGCAAAAUUC